UUGCCUAUUUUAACAAGCCUUUAAAUAAAUAAAUGCUGAAUAAAUGAUAAUUAAUUUUAUGGUUGGGUGAAUAGCAAUUGAUUUGAAAGUAUUUUUUAAAUUCAUUUCGCCUUGUAAUUAAACUGAGCUGAGCUUAUAAAUGUUACAAUGAUAACAUGUGGAAUACAGCUCAGGUUUAGUUAAUUAUUAAUAACCAAUUAUCGAUAUCCGGAAUUACUCAAUACUAGAAAAUUAUUUUAUUAUUAUUACCAUACUUAAGGAUCUUAUUAUUUUAAAUUUACCUAAUAUAUUCCAACUUAUCAUGACUUUACAAUGCUCCUUUGCAGGCUGCUUGUAAUAAAUUGUUUCCUUAGAAAUGUCUGGUAGGCCAAGACCUGUCACUGCAACUGUGACAAAGCCUUUGUAAGUUACCUUACUUAAUAAUGCUUAAUAACUUAUGAUUAUGUCAAGUUAUGAUUGACUAACCAUUUAUUUAAUAUUAUUUCCAUUGCAAAUAAAUAAUAUUGGACAUUGGUGUAGACUACAGUGCAGUUUGUUUUAUUGCAUAGACAAAUUUUUUAGUUUUAACAUUUGUAUUAGUCAGUUAAAUAGUAUUAGUAUUAUUAGUAUGCCACUUACAAAACCUGCUCUGCUAAAUAACUUCUGCUUGAUUUUGAGAAAAAGCUGUUUUUGUAAAUUAACUUUAUAUAGGUAAUAUAGCAAUUAUAUAUUUGUUACGUUGACAUUUUGGACUAAUAAAAAAAAUUAGGCUUUUAAUUCAUUAAAUGCAUAAAAAAUACUGUAGAGUAUGUCUCACUUUCAAACUAAAAGUAAUUAAAAUUUAAUCUAAAGCAAACUUCAAUAUUAAACUAUUAAAUUUAUAAAAGUGACAUCUUCUGUCAGAAUACAUCCAUCACGCAAGAUCUUUACACCCUCCUCCCCUUACCCUUUCCUGUGUCACAAACUGUCUCACUUUUCUAAACCCCUUUCCCCCCCCCCUUCCAAAGCGUGCCAUACUUUAUGGAUGGCCCCAAAAUGGAUGAAUCAAUUUUUUUUAAAAAAAGUGACUUAGUAGGUUUUGCAAGUGACCUUAUCAUUAAUUAACUGCAGCAGAUUUUUUUACUUUAACUCAAGAUUAAGUAAGAUAUCAGUGUAAUAUCACUAAAUUCCUAACUAGAUUCUUCUCACUUACCAUAAUAAGUUUUUUUUUCAUACUUAAAGAAUUUAAAGUUCAUGUUAUUUAGAAGUUCAAAAGGAACAGCAAAAGAAAUUUGAAAUAAUCUCAACUUUAUUGCAAAAAUGACUCAUUAACAUUAUUCCUUUUAACAGAUGGAUGCAAGUUCCUAACCCUGCGACUAUCAGAAAAAUUCGCCGAAGGUCUUUAGAAUCCUCAGGAUCUACAGCAUCAUUAACAUCAUUGUUAGAACACAGUAGUUAUGACAGUGCUUCUGAAGAUGAAAUAUACUCUGAAAGAGUCAUACCAAUGGCAUAUGACUCUGAUAAUUCAGAUAGAGCUAAACAACAAAGACAAACAACUUUCAUAAAAUCUAGUUCAAAUUCCAGGUCAAUGUUCUUGAAAUGUUAUAACAUUUAGGAUUGCUUAUGAUAAAUUACAGAGGAAACAAACUCUACUACUAUGGUCAUGGUUAAAUAAUCAUAUUUUAUUUUUUACAGCAAUAACAACUUAAGUUUAAAGUGGUUUUAUAAAGAUAAACUUAAAUAUACUAAGUCAGAUAGCCAUCUACAAACUGAGCUUGUGCAUCCGUUUUAUUUUUUAAAAAAUUUUUUUAGGUUUACCUAAUUGCAAAAAGGGUAAAUUAAUGUCAAAUACUCCUUUAAUGCACCGACUUCAUUGUGGGAUUAAAAUCUUUGCUUUUUUCAGAUCUCCUUCUCCAGGAAAGUCAUCCCGUUCAGAAAAUAACUUAUCAGCAUGGGAAAAAUGGGUGAUUGAGAAAGCUAAAGAAGAACAAAAGAAAAAGAUAGAAGAUAACCGUAAAAAAGAGGAAGAGAAGAGGGUGAAGGAGAAAUUAGAGCAAGAAAAACGGAUCAAAAAUCUUAAAGGCUUAGUGUUACAGCAAUCGUGGACAGAAAAGAAACACCAGGAGCUCAUGCUGCAAAAGAAGUUAGAAAAAAUGAGAAUACAAAAUGAGAAACGCAAGAAAGCAGAGAUUGACCAGCAAAUAAGGCAAAAGGCAACAGAGAAGUUUGCAGAGUGGCAAGAUAAUAAGAGAAGGGAAGAAAAAGAAAGAAGGCGGAAAAAGAAAGAAGAAGAGCAGCAUCGGCAGCAAGAAGAAGCUAGGAGAAAACAACUUGCUGAACAAAAGUUUCAAGAAUGGUUGAAAGAGGCACACAAAAGACCUAAAUCUGCACCAAACAGUUUUGGUUAUCUUUCAGGGAAAAUGACAGGUGAGAAAUUUAGUUCAUAUCAAUGUAAAAAAAAAAAAGUCAAAUAUUUUAAUCUAUUUUUUUUUUUUAAAUUAAUGAUUUAAAAAAUUUUAUACCAGUAGGCAGAAUAAUCCUUUUUUUUAUUUUUUACUUAAAAUUAAUCCAAGUAAAAACAAUUACUUUUUUAAUUUAAUCCUUACAAAUAAACAGUUUUGGUUAACUUUCAGGGAAAAUUACAGGUGAGAAAUUUAGUUUAUAUCAAUGUAAAAAAAAAAAAGUCAAAUAUUUUAAUCUAUUUUUUUUUUUUAAAUUAAUGAUUUAAAAAAUUUUAUACCAGUAGGCAGAAUAAUCCUUUCUUUUAUUGUUUACUUAAAAGUAAUCCAAGUAAAAACAAUGACUUUUUUAAUUCAAUCCUUACAAAUAGGCCAGGGAAAUAGUUAUGAUUUAUCUUAUGUUAGUUUUAUAUAUCCUAACCAUUCCAGCAUAUUUUCUUGGUCAAGAUAUUAUAUACGUUUUCAGGCUAUCAUGACCGCAGUGCCUACCCCCAGCCAAGUUUCUUCAACCCCAUUCCUUGGCAGCCUCCAGCUAUUCCAACUGUAUUGCAGAAAACAGAGAAGACUCACAGAUCUAAGCCUAAGAUUUACAAAUGGAAUCCAGACAAAUACUUUUAAUAUUACUCAAGUGAAAAUUUAUUGGCCUAGUACUUCAUUUUUUAAAAUGCCUUUGCCUUGCUUUAGAUACAACAACAAAGAGGGUAGCUUUAAAAUAUUGGCACAUGCUCAAAGCUUAUGUGAUAUCUUGAUUAACUUUGUAAUCUCUAUCACAAGAUAACAUUACAUGUAAUAAACUUUUUUGUUUGCACCUUAAAAGCCCGAUGGGUUUGCCCUGCUGCAUUACUGAACCAAAUUAUAUUUGAAAUAUAAAAUGUGUGAAUGUGUUGGACUCUGGAAUUUUCAAAAUUAAUUUUAUGGAUUUUAGUUAUUAUGCUAAUUUAGUAGAUCAUGUUAUUCCUACAAAUUCAUAUCUUUUACAGGUUUCCGCCCAUGUUACACAUCUGGUGAAGCUAAAUCAUGUCAAACUUUUAGCCUGAAAAGUCUGUAGUUCUUAAGUUAUAACUCAAUUUUUUAAAUCUUUGUAUUUAAAGGUAGAAAUAUGUAUCCUUAAUAAUAGUUUAUUUAUUUUAUAAUAAAAGUUUAAAUGUAAGCAAAAUAUUGUAUUUGAAUUUAUU